CUGGGUUUCACUUCCCGGAAAGUUGGCGGUUAGAAGCGGCGGUUGGAGUUGGACGCUGGAGGGGUAUUCGGGUCCCUCUCCGGGGCUUACCGCCGCCACGCUGGAGGCGGCGGGACGGAGCGACGAACCGGGGGCAGCCUGCGAGCCGGGCUCGGUGCAGCGGGGCGAGUCGAGACCGCCCAGUCGGGCCGCCUGCGAGCCCCGGCAGCAGGAGUGGCGGCCCCGUUCUCGGCCGCCCACCUACUUGUUGCAGAUGGAGGCCAGCCUGACGUGCGCUGUGUGCCUGUCUCUCUUCGAGGAGCCGGUGACGCUGCCCCUUUGCUCGCACAACUUCUGCCGGGACUGCGUGCUGGAGUGCCUGGCUUCAGCCGAGGCCCCCCGCCUGCAGCAGCAGCGGGGUCAGGGGCAGUCCCGCCACUCUCGGGUGGGUUCGGGUACUGGCGGCGACGUGGCCGGCGCCCGGGUGUCGUGCCCGCUGUGCAGGAAGCUGUGCCCGCUGCCCCGGGGCGGUGCCGCCGCGCUGCCUGUCAACACCACCCUGGCGGAGCUGGUCAGGCUCUACCGAUCCAGCACGGCAGGGACCGCCAAGGCCGAAGAGGCGGAGCAGGGGCCGGGGUCUCCACUCUCCCUGCAGGCUCUCGGGGGAACCUGCCAGAAGCAUUCGGGACGGCUGGUGCAGCUCUACUGCCGGAUGUGCCGCCAGGCGGGGUGCGGGCUGUGCGUCUCUAAGGAGCACCAAGGCAUCUUCCACUCCGUCAACCUCAUAGAUGCUGUGUACCAGGAAGAGAAAUUAACCUUCUUCAGCAGUCUGAAAAAAAUGAGAACGAUAAAUGAGAAGCUGACGAAUGAAAUCUCAAAUCAACUGAAUGAUAUGGAUAUGACACUGAACAAAGAUGCUGACAUGAUUGCACUGGAAUUUGGAGAAAUCUUCAAGACUUUGGAAAUGAAGAAACAGCAAUUGCUAGAAGAUGUUGAAAAUCAAAGAAGUAAAAAAGAAAAGGAAUUUGCAAUUUGGAAGAAAAUGAAGGAAGCUCACAAGAAGACCAUUGAAAAUUUUCUGAAGGAUUGUGAAGAGCUUGUCCAUGAGUGUGAUCCUCAGCGUUUCCUAGAGGUGGCCUGUGGCUUGAAUGCAAGAAUGAAAACUCAGCUUGAUCUGAUGAACAUAGCAUCCAGCUACGAAAAAACACCAGAGUGUACUCAAAAGAAGAUGGAUAUCACACCUGUGGUUAAUAAAAUCUUGGCUUUGAAGUUAAUGCCUGUUAACGAAGGCACUGAUAAAGAUCUGCCUUCUGGGGGAAAUGAGGACUCAACAAAAAAGAGUCUGUUUAAAAAUAACAUAAAGCAAUGGCCGGACCAGAAGAACACACCCAACAUGUUUCUUCCUGUAGCAGGACAGAAGGAAGCACUGGCAGAUGGCAGCAGGAUUUGUACUCACCUAAUGUCGGUAUCGGAAAUGUCCACGUCUCAAAACAUGAGCCAUGAGGAGUUACGUUACAAAUUCUAUAUGGAACAUCAGAAGCUCACCAGUGAGGUCAAGAAACAAACUCUAUCUGGAAAUAAAAAGUAUAAAUUUGGAAGCACUGGGGCUUUGAAGGCUAGGUCCUCAGGAACUCCUUUUGCAUCUUCACCUACCAAAGCAAACAACCCAGAUAAAGUGAAAACUGGAAUCCUGCAAAGAGCAGAUGGCUUUGAGAAAAGCUUUUCUGGAGCCACUCAUCACAGCAUCCCAUCCACAAAUACGAAUUCUGAAACAAGUGGUGACUUAAAAUCAUUUCUUGAGAGAAGUUCCCAGGAAACAGCCACUCCAGCCUUAGAAAACUCGACAGACUUGGGACCUAAAGAAAAAUUGCCCAUGCAGGAAUCAGCGGUUAGUGUUUCCAAUGAAAUGGACACAAAUUCUAGCACUUCAUUUGGCUUAAACCCAGCAGCAUCAGCAGCUGCUACUGUUUCAAAGUCAGAAUGUCUAGAUGUUUCUACAGAGGGACCUUCUACUUCACCUUUUACUUUUGGUGCAUGUAGCAACUCAGUACCCACAUAUACUAAAGAUGCAGGUACAUUUUCCUUUAAUAUCAAAGACACAAAAUAUGUUUUCUCUCAGUUUUACCCUGGAAAAUGUGAUCAUGCAGAUAAAACCAACCACCAGGAUGAACGCAGAUUUAGAAAGCAUGGUCCUGUAGCCAGACCCACAGUUUCUGACGCUUCAUCUGGUCCUGAUUUAGACUCAGCAGAAAGCAAGAAGCCAGGUUUUUCAUUUCCCUUUGGCAAUUCAGUAAAAGGUGGUUCUGCAGGAUCGGGAGUCAGCAAUUCGUUUAAGGUUUUACCACUACCCCCAUUUUUUAGCCAAUCUGAGAAGCCAUCUGACAAAAAUACAUCAUCUCACGUGAGAGAAAUAACACUUUCUGCAAAGGAAACUGCAGGAUAUGGAACACAGAAACCAUCUGUCUCAGGGGAACAAAAAGCCAAAACCUCAGAAUCUGCCACAACUGUAACUUGUAAUACUUCAGAGACUAAGACUGCAGCUGGGGUGAAUGUCACCCAGUCUCCCAUCCUCCCUGCUAAUUUUGUAUUUUCAUUCAAAAAUACCUGUUUCUCAUCGCCCUCACCAGCGUUUUCAUUUGGAAAUACUGCCAGAAAUACCUCUGGCUCACUGACUUCCUCUGUGUUUCUGCCUGGAAAUGGUAUUGAAGAAGAGAAGAGGAAUCCUGACAAAACACCUCUGAAUGCAGGGAAGCCUGUAUCUCCAGAAUGUGUGGAGCCUGCUUGUAGACAGAGUCAAUCAAAUUGUGAAGGUUCACUCUUUCCUAUGAACUCAUCUAAGAAGACUGAAAGUGCAGGAACACUUCCUGAUGGUAGUAAUUCUUGUAGUCAGCCUUUGUCUUCAGCUAUCCUUCCUGAUAGAUAUGAGAACGCAUCUUCCACUCAACUCCCUACAGCAACAAAACCAGAAACAAAGGUAAAAGAGGAAGAAAGUGAAAGUGUUGCUGGAAACAGCUGUUGCUGUCCUAGAAGGGAAGAUGAGCCUGAGUCUGUACCAUGUCAGAAUGCAGCUUGUUCUGGUCUUGGUGCAUGCGAUGAUCCAUCUUCAGGAGGUUCUGUGUUCAUGGUAAAAAAGAUAGGAGGACUGCCAAGUGACAGCGAUUCUGACACAGAACAGCUAAGUAAAGACCAAAGCUUCAUCUACCUUUGACUGGCAAAAUGUGCGUUUGUAUUUCAGUGCGCAGGCUGGAAGGUAUUUUCUCCCAAAGAGACUGGCUAGAAUGAGCACUAGCUUUUCCAGGACAUUCUCUGAAAAAACAGUUGAACCUGUGUCAGAACAGAAAAGUUUUGGAUUAAAUAUGAAAGUGGAAAAGGAAAAAAAAAAAGUAAUUUUUAAGGAAAAACCAAACAAAACCCAAUAACUCCUAUUCAGGAGUUCUCUUCCCAGCUGCCAUUGUCAUGACAGAGGUUAUGUUGGCUAAAGAUCAACUCACUACAUACAAAAAUCUGUGCUAUAACUAAGCAAUUAGAAGUAUGUACAAAUAAAUACUGUAUUCUUGUAUGUUCAUAUCCUGCAGCGCAUCUCAGUGCACAGAGUGGAUUUGACUCAUGUAAUGAGACAUUAGUAGUACUUAAUUUUUUUUAAUCUGUUGGUAUUCAGAGUGGUCAUCCACCUUCUUGUCUAUAAGACAUUCAAAUACUACUCUGGAGUCCCAGUUAUUGAUUUUUCUACAUAUAGCAUUCUUUCUUACCCUACUGGAAUGUUUCACAAACAAUACAUUUAGGUUCAUGAUACCAACAUUGCCAUAUGUAUGAGAAAUAUGAGCACAUGCUGAGUGUGUAGGGACAGAGGCCAAGGAUAUGAGGAUGAAGGCUAGGCAAGCGAAAGAUGGUAGCAGCAAUGAGGCACCAGAAAAUUUCAGAACCACUGGGGUUAGAGAGCCCGCCACAGACUACAAUUAAAAUGCAGAGACUAUUAUUUACCUUUAAUUGGCUGGCACUAUUUGUGGAAUAAAUCUUUCACAAGAAAGCUCACUAAAACGAAAUUUGAAGGUUCGUGAUAGCGCAAGUCCAGCAAAUCCUAUGGGUUUACCUUCUUGAUACAAGUAGCCCUAUUGAAUUUAAAAGCAAAACACAACUUAGUUGUGAAGGGUGACCUUCGAUAUGACAGAAAUAUAGAAUGGUGGCAUUCAAAAGAAUAGCCCUUCAACCUAGUGCAUGGGUACCUAUUGAGAACAUGCAAUUUCCAAUGAAAGGCAAAAAUUGGUCCUUCCUAAAAAACAAGUCACCAAUUUGUCCCACUGCCAGUACUCCUCAGCUGGAAGUCAAAUGGAGUCAUACAUAAAAAUUUUCCAAAAUGGUAUCCAUCAAAAGUUAAAGUAUUAUUAUGGAGAGAUACACCAGUAAUUUACAGUCUUCUCUAAAUUUUUGUUACAGAUGUAAUUUCUUUCAACAUUAUGGAAAUCGUGUCAUCCUUAGUAUGCUUUAAACCCUUGCCGUUUCACAUGCAUGCAUCUUUAUAUACAAGAGAAACACACAGCUCUUACUUGCCUAAUCAAUCUAUAACUAUAUAAACCACACCACAAUACUUUUCCUGUUGAGUUUAUUUCAUAAGUAGCUCAGAAUUAACCUCAAAUAUAAAGCACUCUAAUUUUAUCCAUUUUCUUAAAUUUCUAAAAAGAAAUGGCCUAUUGCUAUGAAAUAUAAAGUAUAUGGGUCUUCAAAUAAAAGCAUACUAACAGAAAUAAGAAUCUGUAGAUUUAAGAGCUCUCCUUUAUGAAAAUGAGUCAAAACCAACCUCUUUGAUCAGAAACUGCAAGGAAAACAUAAAAUAGAUUUUUAGUAUUUGAUCGUAUCUUUCUUUUCUGAAUGACAUCAGCGAGUGCUUCAACACUGACAAUGCCUGGUCAAACAAACAUAAGAAGAUAAUUUAGAAAUCCAAGGAAAUGCAGAUACUGUAACAAGCAAAGAAAUACAAUAUCCAGCUUUUAUCUUUGCUUCAAUACUUGGUUUUCAGGGUAAAAAUGCUGGGUGGGGUUAUGGGGUUGUAGUUUUAUGCAAAUUGAAUGCUUAACUCCUGGAAAUGCUUGUGAAAAAAGUCCAUCUUCUGUGAAACGUGUGCUCAUUUUCUACAUUUAUGCUAAGGUUUGUGAAGUUAAUUAUGUGGAAUUCAUAUAGAGAUCUAAAAGACAAGGAUUUAAGUAUCAUUAAACUAAACCCAGGAAGUUUUUAAA